AUGUGGAUGUAUGUGGCGGGGGCCGUGGCCGUCGUGUGGGUGGCAGUCUACUUCUACCUGGACAGCAUGGAGGUGGACAGCAUCAGCGAGAAGUACGUGUUUGUGACGGGCUGCGACUCGGGCUUCGGGAACAUGCUGUGCAAGAAGCUGGACCGGCGAGGGUUCCGUGUGCUGGCCGGCUGCCUCACGGAGAAGGGGGCGGACGACCUGAAGAGGGCCACGGGGCCGUACCUCAAGACCUGCCUGCUGGACAUCACCAGCACCGAGAGCAUCCAGAAGGCCUUCGAGUGGACCAAGAAGGAGGUCGGCGAUAAAGGCCUGUGGGGCAUCGUGAAUAACGCCGGCCGCUCUCUGCCCAUGGGCCCCUCGGAGUGGAUGACGAUAGACGACUACCAGUGCACGCUGAAGGUCAACAUGAUCGGCUGCAUCGAGAUGACCAUGAACUUCCUGCCUCUGAUCAAGCAGGCCAAGGGGCGCAUCGUCAACGUGGCGUCUGUGCUGGGCCGAGUGGCAGCCAACGGCGGCGGAUACUGCAUCUCCAAGUUCGGCGUGGAGUCCUUCUCUGACACCCUGAGGAGGGACAUCCACUAUUUUGGAAUCAAAGUGUGCAUCAUUGAGCCGGGUUUCUUUAAGACCCAGGUGACAAGCCUCGACCCCAUCGAGAAAGAGCUCACGCGCCUGUGGAACAAACUCACACCUGAGGUCCGAGCCAGCUAUGGAGAGAAAUACCUCGACAAGUACAUCAAGAUGCAACGUCUGAUCAUGAACGCGGUGUGCGACUCCGACCUGAGCAAGGUGACCAACUGCAUGGAGCACGCGCUGACCUCCGCGUACCCGCGCACCCGCUACAGCGCCGGCUGGGACGCCAAAUUCGUGUGGAUCCCCCUCUCCUACAUGCCCUCCUUCGUGGUGGACAUCGGCCUCAAACUGGUGCUGCCCAAGCCUGCCAAGAGCGUGUAG